AUGGUAGGGCUGGGAAACAGCUGCCGAGGGAUGAAGUCUCCACCUCUCCUUGUGGCGGCGCUCGUGGCGUGCAUCAUUGUUUUGGGUUUCAAUUACUGGAUUGCAAGUUCUCGCAGCGUGGAUCUGCAGGGUCGGAUCAUAGAUCUGGAAGGCAAAGUCCGCAGGGCGGCUGCAGAGAGGGGCGCUGUGGAGCUCAAAAAGAAUGAAUUCCAAGGGGAGCUAGAGAAGCAGCGACAGCAGAUCAACAAAAUCCAGUCCUUGCACAGCUUUCAGAUGGAAAAUACCAACAGAGUACAUCAGGAAGAGAAGGCAGUGCUGAUGAGUAACAUUACAGUAAAUGAACGAUUGAUCCAGAGUCUACGAGAAAACUUGAAAGAGUUACAGAUAGAAUAUGGAAAGCUACAGCUGGAUGUUUACUGGUUUCAGAAGAACCAGACUAAUCUUCAGAGGAAGUUUUCAUAUGACCUGUCCCAGUGCAUCAACCAGAUGAAAGAAUUAAAAGAACAAUGUGAAGAAAGAAUAGAUGAGCUUGCAAAAAAGGGUAGUGAUGUACCACAAAUCAAAGAAAACAAUGAUUUCUCAGAAGAUUCAAAAAAAAAUAGCCAGGUAUG